CCACAAUAUCACAUGAUUGUGGAUAUUGUGAACGAUCUUAUUCUCUACGUUGAGCCGCAACGGAAGGCUCAGUCAGAGCGGAAUCGUGUCGCUCUUGGUCUGAUGUCCGAAUCACAAGUUCGAACAGCAAUUCUACGUGACCAGGAAUCUCUACGACAGUUUGUUGCAGACCAACGCAAUCUGGAACGCUACCUGUGGACAGUGGCACGUCAAGUGAUGUCCUCCUUGGACGUGGCCCAGACACAGCCGGUCCUCUUCGGUCCCGGUGAAUCUGUGGCUGGUGGCGCGACCGAUGCGCCUGGGUUAAGUCGAUCUAGGACAGCUGGGUCGGUCCCCAGGAGGCCAUUGCCCAUGAGUAUUCAAUACGUGCAGUUUGCUAGUGGACGUUCCAAUGUGAUUAGGGAGAUAAUCAGUGGUGAUGAGGCCUGGGUUUACAGUUUCGACCCAGAGAUCAAGCAACAGUCAGCUCUUUAG